AUGCCGCAGACUUAUUCUUCCAAAGGCUCUUCCUUUUUCAUUGAGAACCUUCUUUCCACUACGCGCAUCGAGCACACACGAGAUGAUGCUGAAGCUGCCGCUAAUUCAUCACUGACAGUCCCACAGUACGAAACACGCGCUCCGGUGUCCGAGGGCUCAGUGGCAAGUGGCCACUCUAUCACAGACUCACCGCUGCAGUGGUACCGUCCCAGUGCCAUCCCAAACUUCAGUGCUUCCGAAACAACAGCUAGUCCACAGGAAAGCUCCAAACCACAAUUAUCUCCAGCAGCGUUGACGUGUGGGAGAAUAUCUCCAGCCGUGUCCGAGUCCUUAACAGAAGACAGCGAGGAGACAGACAGAAGGAUCGGUGAGAAGAGCGCAGCGGAGGAUGGGGAGGAAAGGCGCUUUGAGAAGGGCUUUUGCCGCAAAAAGAAAACUCGCACAGUGUUCAGCCGCAGCCAGGUGUUCCAGCUGGAGUCCACCUUUGACAUGAAGCGCUACCUGAGCAGCACUGAGCGGGCAGGCCUCGCCGCUACACUGCAGCUCACAGAGACGCAGGUCAAGAUCUGGUUCCAAAACCGUAGGAACAAGUGGAAAAGACAACUGGCUGCAGACCUGGAGGUGACUCACGUCCCAAACACCGGGCAGCGCAUAGUACGGGUUCCUAUCCUGUACCAUGAAGGUCCAGUGUCCACUGGCUCACUGGGGCCGCACAUGCUUCCAGCGGUCACGGGCUUCACUGGCUCCAUCAACUACCCACUGUCCUCUUUCGCACAGUCAAUGAACGUGUUGAGGUCUCAGAUGUCUGGCCUCGUAUAA